CGGGGCCAGCCGCGCCGCGCGCUCCCGCCGCCUCCGCCGCUCCCGCUCGGCCCCCCCCCCCCGUUCCCCCCCCCCCGCCCCCCGCCAUGGCGGGACGCGGCUCCUUCCCGCUCAGCCCGCUGCCCCCCGCGGCCGCCCCGCCGCCCCCGGGGCCCCCCAUCCUCCGCGGGCCCAGCCCGGCUCCCGCCGCCGCCGCCGCCGCUCCGGGCUACCGGCCUCUGGGCCCGGCCGCGCAGUACCAGCGCCCUGGGAUGCCUCCUGGCAGCAGGAUGCCCAUGGCAGGUCUGCAGGUGGGACCACAGGGAGCUCCCCCCUAUGGAGCAGCCUCCCCAAUGAGGCCUGGGCUGCCACAGUCCAUGAUGGAUCCCUUCAGGAAGCGCCUGCUGACCCCCCAGGCACAGCCAGCACUGGCCACCCAGAGGAGAGGGGUGAAAAGGAGGAAGAUGGCUGACAAGGUCCUGCCCCAGAGGAUCCGGGAACUGGUCCCAGAAUCCCAGGCCUACAUGGACCUUCUGGCCUUCGAGCGCAAGUUGGACCAAACCAUCGCUCGGAAGAGGAUGGAGAUUCAGGAGGCCAUCAAGAAACCCCUGACGCAAAAGAGGAAGCUGAGGAUUUACAUCUCCAACACUUUCACCCCAGCCAAAGAAGAAGGAGAAGGUGGGGAACGUGUGGCCUCCUGGGAGCUGCGUGUGGAGGGCAAACUGCUGGAGGAUCCAAGCAAGCAGAAGAGGAAGUUCUCCUCCUUUUUCAAGAGCCUGGUCAUUGAGCUGGACAAAGAGCUGUACGGGCCAGACAACCAUCUGGUGGAGUGGCACCGACUCCCCACGACCCAGGAGACUGAUGGUUUCCAAGUGAAACGUCCUGGUGAUGUCAAUGUCAAGUGCACCCUCCUGCUGAUGCUGGAUCACCAGCCCCCCCAGUACAAACUGGACCCUCGCCUGGCUCGCCUGCUGGGGGUGCACACCCAGACCCGGGCCAGCAUCAUGCAGGCCCUCUGGCUCUACAUCAAGCACAACAAGCUGCAGGACAGCCACGAGAAGGAGUACAUCAACUGCAACCGCUACUUCCGCCAGAUCUUCAACUGCAUCCGCAUGCGCUUCUCCGAGAUCCCCAUGAAGCUGGCAGGGCUCCUGCAGCACCCAGACCCCAUCAUCAUCAACCACACCAUCAGUGUGGACCCCAACGACCAGAAGAAGACAGCCUGCUAUGACAUUGAUGUGGAGGUGGAUGAUCCCCUGAAAGCUCAGAUGAGCAACUUCUUGGCUUCCACCACCAACCAGCAGGAAAUCGCUUCCCUGGAUGCCAAGAUCCAUGAGACCAUCGAAUCCAUCAACCAGCUGAAGACUCAGCGCGACUUCAUGCUGAGCUUCAGCAACAACCCCCAGGAUUUCAUCCAGGAAUGGAUCAAAUCCCAGAGGAGGGACCUAAAGAUCAUCACGGAUGUGAUCGGGAACCCCGAGGAGGAGCGAAGGGCCGAGUUUUACCAGCAGCCCUGGGCACAGGAGGCUGUGGGGAGACACAUCUUUGCCAAGGUCCAGCAACGUCGGCAGGAACUGGAACAAGUGCUGGGGAUCCGCCUCACCUAAAGGGGCGGGCGCGGGGGCUCCGGGAGCGGCUCCUCCUCUUCCUCUUCCUCCCUCUCCCUGCUGCCUGAGCCUGACGGUACUUUUGACUGGAAUCAAACAACAGCACUUGCACAAACCCGACGUGCCUGGAGGAAUUCGGGAGCUACUGGCACCCCCGGCUUCCCAGCGGCCGGGAAACUCCAGCCACAAGCAAAGUGGAGGGCAACCCCCCCCCCCUUCCCCCCACCCCCCCAAAACUCCCGGCUCCUCCCCCCAAAACUCCCUCCCUCCUCCCAAAAAACCCCACCCCCUUGACCCCAUCCUGCUUGAUUCUGUUUUGCCAUCCUGCACUUGAACCUCCUGCUCCCUCCCUUUUCUCUGGCCAAAAAAAAAACCCCUCCUGGACAAAAAAAAAAUGGGGGGGGGGGGAAGGAAAAAAAAGCAGCAGCAGGGAAAAAACUCCCCCCCCCUGGAGCAGAAACCUCUGCCCUUCCUUGCUCCUCCCUCAAGCCCAGCAGGUCCUGCCCUGGGUGUGUGUGUGUUUCCCCCCCCCUUUUCUUAUUUUUGGGGCAACCAAAGUCAAAGAGUCAUUCCAAAACCACCAGUUUUUUUGCACUAUUUUUCUGACCAGGUUGGUUGUUUUUUUUUCUAGAAAAACAAGCAAAGAAACAAAAAAAAAAAGGAAGAUUUUUUUUGUACAGUGGGUUUGUAGUUGAUGAAUAAUAUAUUGAGUUCCUGCUCCUCCUCCCCCCCCCCCCCAAAAAAAAACCUUCCAUCUAUGCAGCAGUUCCUCUUGUCCCCCCCCCCCCAAAAAAAAAAACACCCUGGAGUUGUUUUUUUUUAAUAUGGAACCAAUUUGGGGUUGGUUGAGGGGGCAGUUGUUGACAAUCAUUGCUAAUUCCUCCCCCUGUUUGAGAUAAUUAGUGAUAAUGAGGUUUUGGGGGGGGGGGGGGAUGCAGGGGAAGGAGGGGACACCCCCUAAACUCCCCCCCCCCCCCAUGUCUGAGGGGACAGUGUCACCACCCACUGGACCAGCUGAAGUGCCUUACCCACCCAUUCCCCCCCCCCCCCCCAAAAGCUGCCCCCCCAGUUUCUUGGCGGGGGAGGGGGGGUCACAGGAGGGAGGGGGGAGGGGUGUUUACAUAUUCCCAGGCUCAGGGUGCUUGCUCUGCCUCUUCUGUAACCAUUUUUUUUUGGUCUAUUUUGGAUAUUUUCUAAUAAAACCAGUUAGCAGCA